UAUUUUUAUGGGUCUCGGCCCAUUUACUUUAUUUGCUAACAUUUCGAAACAGAUGAAAUAAUAUUCCUUAAGAAAAAUGGGAACAAUGAAAUUGGAGGGCACCGCCGUAAUAGAGUACCCGGGAAACAGAUCGGACGAGAGCCUGAAGAUGAGCGAAAGAUAGAGAGAGAGAGAGAGAGAGAAGAAGAAGACUUUGAAUAAGAUUAAGACGAGAGAGAGAGAGAGAGAGAGAGAGAGAGAGGUUUGCGAUGAGUGAAGGCUCGAGCGGAGAAGUAAAGAGAACGGCAAUGGAAGAGAAACCAGAACAGCAACAAGGGAGAGGAUCUCUCGAGAAAGGAAGAUCGUGCAAAGGCUAUCUUUAUUACUCUUCCACUCUCAAAUCCAAGGCUAAGAACCCUCGCUGCGUCGGAAUCCCUCGUACUCUCCGUCAAGUUCCUGAUUACGUUGUUGGACAGUCUGAAGCAGAAGCUUCGAAAGAGGGCAGGACCUUAGCAGAUUUUUACUAUGGAUGUUUGGGUUAUUCAGUCUACAUGACUGAAAAAGACUCAUCUGCCAUGAAGCAACCUACCAAGACCCAACUUCCCGUUUGUGUCGGCCUUGAGAUACUAGCAGAUAGAAGAGCAGCUUCUAGCAACACUUCAUCUGUUCCAGCUCGUGUUCAAAAUAGAAAAGAUUCUCGAGAGUUGCCUCAGCUCCAGAACCAGAAACCAAGCCCAGCCCCAGCCCCAGCCACAAACACAGAAAACGGAUUCGUAACCAGGUUCACAAGGAACGCAAACCUGGUAGCAUCAGGGGUGAUGAAGAACCUGAAGAGAGUGGGUAACUAUGUCAAAGAGACUGUGGACGACUCCAUGGACCCAUAUCGAAAGCGACCAAAAUAAAGAAACUUUUUACAUUAAAUGUGGAUACUGGAAGAGAAACCAAAAAAGAAAAAGCGCACAGGUGACAGACGAGAGGAAAUAUCUAAUCGUAUUUGACACUUUUUUGGUUUCUCCUCUUGAUUUCUUAAAAUAAAAAAAGCAACCCCCCAAAAAAUGGCUGCAUUGGUAUCUUAAAGCAGCCUAUGUACCAAAGUGAUUAGCUACGACUAUGAGAAUAGUAAUAUGUCUACCUUCCUCAAUUUUGGUUUUACUGAUACAUAUUCAAAGUUCUCAGAAAGUUCAUUUAACUCUUUUUUCUUAUGUAUGUACUUUUCUUCUUGAUGGUAAUAGUCUUAAAACUUGAUAUAUG